AUGAAGCCCACUCAGGCUCUCAUCGUUCUUGCGACCAUUGUCUAUGCGGCUCCUAUCGUAGAGCAGACCAAGGCCCUCACCCCCCCUCUCGCCGAACUCGACACCCAUUUCGAACACCACAUCAAACGCUGUGGUAAGGGCGAGCCCCCUUUCCUUGGAAGGUUCCCAUUCGCGAACGAAACUUAUAACCAGCUCACCGACGGGACGCCCUGCCGCAAUGUCACCAUGAUCUACGCCCGAGGAAGCAGGCAGGCAGGCAAUGUAGGAAAAGCAAAUAAUACCGGUCCCGCCUUAUUCAAUAGCCUUGCCGACCGUAUUGGCUUGGAGAACCUGGCCGUCCAGGGCGUGACUUACAAGGCGAGGAGGCGGGACUUCAUUUUCAAAGGAGGCUGUAACGAAGGCAGCAAGACCAUGGCUAAACUAAUCAACCAGGCCGCAAGCCAGUGUCCCGAUACCAAGAUUGUCAUUGCUGGUUACAGCCAGGGCGCCCAGCUUUUACAUAAAGCUGCUAAAAAUGUAACUGCCGGUGUGACACAGCACAUCGCUGCCGCUGUUACCCUGGGUUACCCGAAGAAGCCCAUGGGCAAAAUCGCUGCAUCGCGUAGUCUGAGUGUCUGCCGCCCAGGUGAUAGCUUUUGUGAUAAAACGAUCCCCUGGGAGCCCUUUGUCCCCUUUGUGGGCGCCCCACUCUGGUGGUUCCUUACUAUGUUGGACACGCACGGGGAUUACAAUGAAAAUGCCACUGCUGUCGCCAACUGGAUUGCUGAUCGGGUUACCAACAUUGGAUAG